CUACCCUCCUCCACCUCCUCACCCUUCUCGUCCUACCCUUCUCGUUCUCAAGCAUAUCGAGCAUCAAGAUGAACAGUUUGAUGAUGAUGAUGAUGAAGACACCUUCUAUUGGUAUCUCUACUAGUCGCGCUGCUGGCAGCAUUAACAGCUCUGUUGCUAGCCGCCUAUUCAAUGGGUCAUAUUCUUAUGCUCAUGCUGCGGUCUUUAAUCGCUUCUCAAACUUGGUAACGUCGAAGAACAGCAACGUGGCAUCCUUCAGUACUUCAGCAGGAGCAUCAUCUCCCAAGUAUAGGACCACUAAUCUUCUGUCGAGUGUCUCACGAUGCAACAUGUCGUCAUCUGCCAUGACCUCCCCUCGUUUACCCUCGAAUCACCUGAUCAACGGUAUUAACUCUCAACAAGUUAGAUGUGCAGGUACUUCGGUUCUCGGUGCAGCUAUUGCUGUUGUUGCUGUUGGUGGUUGUGCUCAAGGCAUUGGUCAGUUGUUCGCUGCUUUGGUUGUUGGUAUUGCGAGGAAUCCUAGUAUGAAGGAGGAUCUCUUCACUUAUACCCUUAUUGGUAUGGGUUUUCUAGAGUUCUUGGCCAUCUUGGUUAUCCUUAUCGCGGGCGUGUUGCUCUAUUCCGAGUAAUGUGAUGAUGAUGAUGAUGAUGGUUAUGCUACUGUAUUAUGGUCAAUGGAGGAGAUUAUUAUUAUUAUUAUGAUGAGUGCCAUAAUUGAUAUGCCAAUUUUAUUGUGAUUGUUGUAUGUGGUGGUUUAAAGCCUAUUAAUCAUAACUCUCACAGUAUUGGUGUCAUCAGCAUAUGACCUAUUAUUCGUCAUCGUAGUAUGGUAAUUUCUCACACAUAAUUGUCGUAAUAACAAACGGUAGCACGUAGUGUUUUUGAGAUACUUAUGUAGGCGUCUGAUGUUCUCCUUGGAGAAUGGCUUCGCGUCAUUAUCAUAAACUGUUGUUGGAUUGGUGGGUCGACGACUAUUAUCAAGUGAGAUAUACAGCAAUUAUUGAUAGUAAAGCAGUAAUGAUAGUGGUAGU